CCAGCUUGGUGUUAUUACUUUAUUAACCUUAGUCCCAGGCUCCCAGCCGGAGAAUCUCCUAAACCACCGUGUCACCAUCAUUCGCCGCCGUGCUUUCCUCUGUCGAUUCUCAAUAUUGCCUUCAUCGCAACAUUUUAGCUUUGUGCAGGAAAGCAACGUCACUGGAACGAUUCAAUUUCCUUUUCUCAUCUCCAAUCCAACUGCAUCCCGCUGCUGCAGCUCCGUCUGAAUUCCCCUAUCCAAAUACAAACUUCCUUCUUUUCCCUCUGCAAUUUCUGCCUGCAAAUCACACGGCGUAGCCGGUUCCCGGCCAUGUCGAGGCGGAGCCACACCAGGGAACUGGGAUGUAUAGCUUGUAAGGAGCUCGACGAACUAGGGGCCGGAAAGGAAGGAUGGCUGGUGGACAAUCCCAACCUUCUCUGCGCACUUGACACGCAAUCGAUUGCCCUCGCCAACAAGUUCCUCGUUGUGAUUACAGGAUGGGACGGUGGCCCUGGUUUCAAGAUCCGCCCGGAGUUGUCCCCGAUCGAGUCGGAGCACAUCACUGCAAUGGAGUGGCUGGUUUUUGAUGAGGUUCGAGCCAUUGCAGUGGGAACUUCUUGUGGGUACUUGCUGGUUUAUACUUUGGAUGGCCAGUUGGUUCAUAGACAGUUGGUCUAUUCAGGGCGAAUUUUGAAAUUGAGGGUCCGUGGAACUAAGAAAGAUAUGAUGAGUGAUACUUCCCUAGCGGAGGAGGUUUCCAUUGUUAUGCCAGGCGUUAUUGCUCGCUUCGAUGGCACUGUCAUUCAGGAAUUGCUUAGAGAUUGGUUUCAAGAUGUGAAUUCCCGGUUUUGGGAUGACAUUUCAAGAAAGAGAGACCAAGAGGACCAAGGGGGCUCUCGCAAAGCUUUACCUUAUCAAUUAUGGAGCGUUAAUAAGCAUGGAUUGUGUAUUGAUGCUGCGAUUACUGGAGUAAUGCCACCACCACUUCUUGAAGUUCAGUCCAGUCAGCGUUACUUUUGUGCAGUCACUGUUGGAGAGGAUGCGGUAAUUGCUGCUUACAGAUUAUCGGAGGACAGGAGCAGGUCUUUAGUUGGUGCUAUUCUGUCAAAAGUUGUUCCUGCAGCAUAUUCAACAAUAACUUCUUUUUCUAAAAUGAUAUGGCGGAGUGAACAACCAUCACCCAAAAAGUCAGAAGCCAAAACUCAGUCAUUUGCCAAAGCAUCUGUUCUUACUUGCUUGAAAGAUAAGCCAAGGAAAGGGGAGAAAUUAACCUUGUCACCCAGCGGCACUUUGGCUGCAAUUACAGACACUCUUGGCCGUAUAUUGCUGUUAGACACUCAAGCCUUAGUAGUGGUCAGACUAUGGAAGGGAUAUCGUGAUGCUAGCUGUUUGUUCAUGGAAAUGCUGAUUAAUAAGGAUAAACCAGGAAGCCAUUCUUCAUCUUAUUAUGAACCUGUGAAGAGUGAUUACUGCCUCUGCCUUGCUAUUCAUGCACCACGGAAAGGAAUCGUGGAGGUGUGGCAAAUGAGAACCGGAGGACGUAUUCUGGCAGUUCAGUGCGGGAAAGGUAGCAAAAUAUUGCAGCCGACGUACAGAUUUGGAUCGGUAAUGGACGGCUCUCCUUACGUUCCUCUUGAAGUGUUCUUGUUAGACGGAGACUCUGGCCAAAUCUCAGUGUUGAAUCGCUCACUUCACUAGCUAAUGUUGUCUUGAGUUGCUCUUCUUUUUCUCUACCGUUUUGUUGUGUUCAUUAGCUGGCGUUUCGAUCUAUUGAGAUUCGUUCAUUGUUUGUUUCCCAGUGUCGAUGUGAUUGGUAAUAUGCAAGCAAUUAAACGAAGAACAACACAUACUCAAUGAGUGUAUACACAAGCUAACAAGUUGUAUUA